UGAGAACAUACCAUCAGGUGGCGCAAAGGGAUAUGUGACGAAUUUUUAAUAAUAAAGUCAUUAAUUUAUUUACAUGGCGAGAGAGGAGAAGCCGCAUCUUGACAGGGACGGGGUGUGGGGGUCAUACAAUAGCAACUAUGAGGUUUAUUUAAGCUUAAUAUAAUGAAAACAAGCCGAUGACAGAAGGUGUAGCGCAGCAUGAGGAUAAAAUUGAAGUGAUUAAUAAGGCAGACGGACAGUCAUUCCGCUGAGUCUAUCUCAUUGAUCUCGUCUUUUCUGAGGAGCGAUUUUUUUUUUCCACCGCACGACUUACUCAAGAAUAGGGGCUACAUCCCGAAGAUGGAGUUUGGAGAAAGAAAGAGGAGAAGGAAGUCACAGAGCUUUAAACUGGUCACGGAUGAAGAGUCUUCAUAUAUGAUGAAUUCCAACUCAAAAGUUGCAAAUAGAACGACCAUGGAUGCUGCUUUGCCUGAAGUUUUGGUUGGAGACGAAGGCAUGGAGAUCAAGAAGCAAAUCACAGGAAUGAUGAGGCUUCUUAGUGAUAAGACUGGCAGGUUUUAUCAGCGUGUGGGAGCAGAGCAGGACGACUUGGCAGCGGAGCCCCAAGACAGACCUCUGACCUGGGUACACCAGCCUGCAGCUUUAUCAGAGGAGCAACAGAGCAGCAGCUGGAGCUCUGCAGGGGAGCCAGGGCCUUCAUCUUCAUCUUCAUCCAUAUCCACCUCCAUCCAAAAUGGUCCAGGCUGCGGCCAGUACAGCACCCGCUCAAAAACGACGAGGAACCUCAACAACACCUCCAAGGAUCUGAAUAAAAGGAAUGAAGCUAAUGAUGUACUCCCCCCUGCAGAGCCAGACACCCCGUGCUGCAUGUGUAACUGUAAGGGCACCUUGCAGGCUAUUUUGCAGGAACUAUGUGCCAUGAGGAAGCUGAUGCAGAAUCAAAAAGUGUCCUUGGAAAGACAGGAACAAGCAGCAUCUCCAUGCCAACCUCCUCGUAUUGGUCAGGGCCCCACUCCUCGCUGCAGGCCCCGCAAGAGGAGACCAAUCUACAAAGUGGCCCCCCUCACUGUGCCUAGUGCGAGAAGAGCUACUCCUCCUGCCCCUCUGGAGGCUUCCACCUAUAUGGCUGUACCUGUAGAUGCUAGAGAGGAGGAGGGAUGUGAGAAAGAGCAGAACUCAUCCACAGCCAACAGUCACCCGGUUUGCUCUGAGGUUUCUGUGCUGCCGUGUCAGAAUAAUCCGGUAACCGUGGACAACGCACACAAUGCUCGACUGAACCUAACGAAGGAGCCUCAGUUGUUAGAGUCUGAGGUACGUCUUGCUAAGGAUUAUGAUGUGUAUAUAUCAAAGGCUCAGCUGGACUCCAUCCUUGUGAACUACACACGCUCUGGCAGCCUGCUGUUCCGCAAACUGGUUUGUGCCUUCUUCGAUGAUGCUACUCUGGCUAAUUCCUUGCCAAACGGUAAAAGGAAGAGAGGCCUCAAUGACAACCGAAAGGGCUUGGACCAGAACAUUGUGGGCGCCAUUAAAGUGUUUACAGAGAAAUACUGCUCCGAACAUAGAAUAGAGAAGAUGCCCGGGCCUCGGGACUGGGUUCAGAUCCUUCAGGAUCAGAUCAAACUUGCCAGGAGGAGGCUGAAAAGAGAAGGUGUAGAAGCAGAAGAAGUCUUAACUAGACCUUCCACAAGAUGCAACUACAACAGGCCUGCAAGUGUGGAGGUGACAGUAGUGAACAUGACUGGAUGAUUACAGGGCUGCCACAAUGGCCUUAAAGCAGAUCUAUUGUCUCUAUUAUUUAUCCAACCUGAUGCAUUUAGCAAAUUUAGAAUAUUUAUUUUGCAGCUUGACUUGUGCUUCGUGCAACUGAUGUAAAGGGGGAAAAAAACAAAUGACUAAGUGAAGAAUCUUGAUGAGGGGUCUCGGAUUUUUACUUCAGUUCGACAAUGUCAGGUCAUUUUCAUGCUUUGAAGUGACUUAUUGUUUACAUAUAUGUUAAAGCUUUGACACGUCUAUUUCUCAUGUGCCAUUUCUAGGAUGAUUCAAAAGAGUCUACAUGGACAGAAAUAGCCUACUGUAACUCUGAAGUAUUUAUUUAUCUUACAAAAAAUAGGCAAACUUUUGCAGAGUUAUCCAUCGUGAAUGUGCCUUUAAGUGACUGGUAGGCCUUCAGACUUCAAUGUGCUGUCAAGCAUCCACCUCUGUUACAAACACUACAUCUAAACCAAACAUUGGAGUUGUGUUAUUUAUUCAUUUGUUUUAUUUAAAUUGAUUGAUGGCAAUUAUGAAUGAAACUUUAGGCUACAUUUUUUCCACAACAGGCAGAUAUAAUUUAUUAUUGCUAGGCUAUUGUUAUCAUCGUCAUUGUGAUGG